AUGCUUGAGCGCACUGCCCACAUGUGCCUACUGUAUGGACAGCUGAAUGACCCGCUGCGUCCUCUGCCAGCGUGCUUUGACACACUUUAGAGGACAGUGUCUCCUCGUUUUAAUUGCUUCUUUUUACCGAGCAGGCUUUAAUUUCUGAAGGAUAUCCAACGGCAACGGGGAGACACCUUCACGUUGCGCCAGAUGGAGCCUCCAGCCAAUCCGGGAGACAGCCCGGUGGAGUUGGAGUUAACGGUGGAGAAUGUCGAGUCGGCUCUCUACCAGCUGUACUUUGACCCGGACAUGGAGCGUAAGAAUGUGGCCCAGAAGUGGCUGACCCAGGCCCAGGUCUCUGCACAGGCAUGGCAGUUCUGCUGGGCCCUGCUUGGCCCUGACAAGCUCCCAGAGGUGCAGUUUUUUGGCGCCAGCACCCUCCACUCGAAGAUCUCCCGUCAUUGGAGCGACCUCCCCACAGACCAGCAUGAGAGCCUGAGGGUGCAGCUCCUCUCCCACAUCCUACACUUCUCCUCGGGGCCCAAAAUGGUGCUAACCAGGCUGUGUGUAGCCCUGGCCGCUAUGGCUCUUAACUUAAUUCCACAAGCUUGGUCCCAGCCAGUGGCAGACAUGGUGAGGGCCUUCCAACCGCAGAAGCCUGACUCUGAAGGUGGCUCUGAUGCAGAGGCCACCCAGGACCCUCACGCACACUGCCUCGCGCUGCUGGAGCUCCUCACCGUACUACCAGAGGAGUUCCAGAGCAGCCGGCUGGCUCAAGCCCGUCGUGGCCAGCUGAGGGAGGCCCUGGCUGGGGAGUGGGCGGUGGCGUGUCCCAUGCUGCGCCAGCUGCUCCAGCCAGGACUCCCGGACGAGGUAAAGGAGAAGGUGCUGCGCUGCCUUUCCAGCUGGGUGGGGCUGGACGUGCCAUUAGGGGAGAGUCAUGAACUGGUCCAGGACUGUUUCACUGCGCUGUCCAACCCUGAGCUGUUCGACACGGCUGUGGAGACGAUAGUUAAUGCCAUCUCACAGCCUGACUGCCAGAGGUACAUUGAUGCUCUGGUGAACUUGAUGCCUCUGGUGCUGGGGCUCCAUGACCAGCUGAAGUCAGCGGCUCAGGAUGGGGACAUGGAAACCACACAUGGUAUUUGUCGUAUUGCUGUUGCUAUGGGAGAAACACACUCCAGGGUUUUGUUGGAACAGGUGGAGCACUGGCAAGAAUAUCUGGCUUUGGUUAACAUGAUUCUUUUCUGUACCGGCAUCCCUGGGCACUACCCAGUCAGUGAGACCACCAGCUCCCUUACGCUCACCUUCUGGUACACUCUGCAGGAUGACAUCUUGUCAUUUGAGGAGGAGAAGCAGGCAGUUUACCUGCAGGUCUACAGGCCGGUUUACUUCCAACUGGUGGACGUACUACUACAUAAAUCUCAUUAUCCUCCCCAGGAGGAGUACGCUUCCUGGUCUUCUGAUGACAAGGAGCAGUUCAGAAUUUACAGAGUGGACAUUUCCGACACUCUGAUGUAUGUGUAUGAAAUGCUGGGGGCAGAGCUGCUCACUAACCUCUAUGACAGGCUGGGCAGACAGCUGAUGGACCCCCAACAGUCAGCAGUAUGGCAGGACUCAGAGGCCCUGUUAUUUGGCUUCCAGUCCAUAGCUGAGACGAUAGAUGUGAACUACUCUGAUGUUAUCCCUGGUCUUAUCGGUCUCAUCCCCAGAAUCAACAUCAGCAACAUUAUGCUGGCUGACACCGUCAUGUACACCAUAGGAUCCCUGGCUGAGUGGCUGGCUGACCACCCAGUGAUGUUGGGUGGCGUAUUACCCAUGGUGCUUCAGGGCCUUGUGAAGGCAGAGCUGUCUGUGUCCAGCGUAUCCACUCUGAAGAGGAUCUGCAGGGAGUGCAGACAUGACCUCGGCCCCUACGCUCAGGACAUCCUGACUGUGUCACAGGAUGUGCUGCUGAAAGAAAUCCAUAAGAGCAGCCAGUGCAUGUGGUUGAUGCAGGCUCUGGGUUUCCUCCUGUCCGCCCUGCCGGAAGAGGAGAUUCUGGUCAGACUUCACUCUCUCAUCACUCCUCACGUGCAGCAGCUGGACACGUUGGCCCAGCAGGAGCCUAAUCCCACUAACAAACAGUCUAUCAUCCACAUCCUGGGGAUGCUGUCCAGUCUCUUUACCACUCUGGACAUCAACAGACAAGCAGACAGCUUAGAGGGAGCAUCUAGCCCAAGCCCUACUCCCUCACAGAGCGCACAUAAUCCAGUUGUCGUUGUGCUACAGCAAGUGUUCACGUUGAUCCAGACUAUCCUCAGCAAGUGGCUUGAUGACUCGGAGGUAGUCGAGGCAGUGUGUGGAGUGUUUGAUAAGUCAGUUCGAACCCUCCUACAUGAUUUCGGGCCCAUGGUGGCUCAGCUGAGUGAGAUGCUGGGGCAGAUCUAUAGCGCCUUCCCACAAGCCUCAGCUCUGGACCUGGCACGGCAGAUGGUUCACAUAUUUGCUGGAGAGGAACACCACAUCUCUAACAUCAAAAGCCUUAUUGAAGUGUUGACUUCUGCCACACUUACUAUAUUUCAGCAAGGUCCACGGGAUCAUCCUGACAUUGCAGAAUCGUUUAUGCACCUUCAUGCUCAGAUUCUUAAAAGGAAGCCUGAUUUGUACCUGUCUGACCAGUUUGAUGUUAAAGCGCUGUUUUACUGUGGGAUUCUAUCGCUGAAGUUCCCAGAGACACCCACAGUAAAAGCUGCCAGUCUGUUCUUUACAGAGCUGUUGCCUCGUUGUAAAGACAUGCCCUCGCUUGGUGAAGUGUUGCAGAGGGAUGGAAAGCUUCUGACCGAGACAAUACUCCAGGCGGUUGGAGGCGGGUCACCUCGCAGUCUGACAGAGCACUUCUCUGAGGUGUUGUUGAGUCUGAACAGACACUGUCCAGCUCUGCUGUCCCAGUGGCUGAAAGAAACACUGCAGACCCCAGGAUUCCCCUCCGCCCAGGUCUCCACAGAGCAGAAGCACACCUUCAGUCAGCAGCUUCUAAGGGAGCAAACCAACAAGCAUCGUGUGAAGGACAUUGUGAAGGAGUUUUCUCUGCUGUGUCGGGGCCUGCAGGGGUCCGGAUACUAGAUUACUAGACUGAGCUGGUAGCGUGCUGACUUUUUCCUCCCAAGUAAGCCUCUGAGAAAGACCGCCCCCCCCCC